UUGAAACUGAGCGAACGUAUACUUAAAACUCAAUUAAACCGCGAAUUAAUUAGCAACGAUGACUGAAACCGCAGUAUCACCAGCUCCGGCUGUCGAGGAGAAAAUCGUCGCCAAGUCUGACUCCCCGAAGAAGGCAGUCAAGGCCAAGAAACCAUCUGCCAAACCAACUCAUCCAAGCACCGCUGACAUGGUCACAGCUGCCAUCAAAUCUCUUGGUGAACGUGGGGGAUCAUCUCUUCAGGCCAUCAAGAAAUACAUCGCUGCAACCUACAAGGUCGACGCUGAAAAACAGGCGCAGUUCAUCAAGAAGUUCCUCAAGGCAGCCGUCACCAAGGGAACCCUGGUUCAAACCAAAGGAAAAGGCGCUUCUGGAUCAUUCAAGCUCCCAGUUACCAAAUCGGCAUCAAAACCCAAGGUCGCUGGCGAGAAGAAAGCAGCUGCUAAGAAACCUGCUGCCAAGAAACCAGCAACCAAAAAAGCAACUGAAGCUAAAACUUCAGUGAAGAAAGCUACUGCUCCUAAGAAAGCAGUCGCUAAGAAACCAACUGCAGCGAAAAAACCUGCCAAGGCUCCAGCUAAACCCAAAGCUGCUGCACCGAAAGCCAAGAAAGCUGUCAAGGGUCCAACAGCUAAACCCAAGUCACCUAAACCUAAGAAGGUUGCAGCUCCAAAAGCAGCAAAGGCUCCUGCAAGAAAAGCACCAACAGUCAGAAAAUAAAUGUCUCAUAUAUUCGAUUAAGUAACAAAGCAAAAGGCCCUUUUCAGGGCCGAACAAAUUUUUCAAAACGUAAAAUACUAUCAGGUGGAUAUUUAAUCCUCUACCGAAUUAUUCUAAGUCUCAUUAAUUUUUUUUUUUAAAUCAAAUCUGGCUUCGAAUUCAGUGACCUUGAAUAGCAAGUCCUGAUUUUGAUUCUCAGUAGAAAAUUUUCAAAUUAAUGGAAAAAAUGACAUUUUGUAUCAAAAGUUGACCAUUAGAAUCCUAGACCACGAUCCCGAUUAAAAUUUACAGUCCCGAUUAUUGAUCAUUAAAUUUCGCUGAGUACACGCAGAGAAGUUUUUAGUAAAAAUUAACCGAAAAAUAUAAUUGUGAGGACAUGUGGAAAAUAUGUAAAUUUUCCUCAUACACAUUGUAGAAUAUACUACUUGAAAGCAUGUAAAUGAAAUGCAAUGUCUACUAAUCACAUGGUAAAAAUUUACUUACCGGCUAGAUGCCCUUACAGGACUAAAUUUUAAGGGUAAUUUUUACUCAAAAAUCCUAUGCGUGUAGGGAAUUGUAUUUAGUACUUGUACGAAGAUAAGUAUCUAAUAAAUUUGACCCUAAAUUGAGAGUGAAACGGGUCAGAAUGAACAAUUUCUAGGGGUGUCCGAAUUAGUGUUGCCGAAAUUGAAGCAACUUUUCGAUUGUUCACAAUCGAAUAGAAUCGACUGAAGAUAAUCGAUUAUGGCGAUUAAUCGUAUCUGAACAAUCGAGUAUUGAAAUAAUCGAUUUAAAAAAAAAAAACGAUUUUUGUCUCUCCCAACUUUAUAGUUGCAGAAUCGAUAGCUUAACAAUCGAUUGUGUAAAAUCGAUUUUAUAAUUUUUUGUUCAAAAUUAAAAAAAAGACAAAUAUGGGUCCGAAAUCACAAA